UGUUGUUUUUGUGCAGAAGCAGCGGAGCAGUCGACAUCUUAAACAUUAGAUCGUUUUUCCCAGACGCUAUGAAGAUAUUUUGAACUAUAAAUUUUCACCACGGGUAUUUUGAGAGACAAUUAGCCACACGAAGAACCGUUGGGAAAAUAGCUCAAUUUGCGCCCACACCAGUAGAAAUCGGGUUUUGUUUUCAUUUUGUUUAAAGAUGGGCAGUCCGUACCAGCGCUCAGUACCACUAGAGGUGAGGAGAGCAGAGGGAGAGAGAGUUCGGGCUAAGCAUCCUGACAAGAUACCGAUCAUUGUGGAGCGGGCUGCGAGGUCACGAGCUCCUGACCUGGACAAGAAGAAAUAUCUAGUGCCCUCAGAUCUAACAGUGGGUCAGUUGUGCUUCCUGAUUCGACAGCGUGUGUCUAUGAGACCAGAGGAGGCACUCUUCUUCUUUGUCAACAACUCCCUUCCCCCGUCCAGCUCCCCACUUUCUGCUGUUUAUGAGGAACACCAUGAAGAGGACCUGUUUCUGUACAUGACCUACAGUAAUGAGAGUGUCUACGGUGCCUGAGGGAGAUCAAAGGAAGGGUGUGGAGGAGGAGAAAGAGACAGAGAGGAGAGAUAACGAUAGAGGGCACAGGGGGAAGUUAAGGGUCUUUGUAAUGCUUCAUACCACUAUUAUUCUCUAUGAUAUUAGUCUUGCUAAGAUAGCUACAUGGUGGAUGAAAGCAGAGGGGUUGCACAGGGGGUUUACCUUUUUCAGUAUUUUGGGUUGAGCAUAUUGUGUUUCAGUAUACUUUCAGUUAUAUUGAAUCCCUCCUACUUGGUGAAAUAAGAAAGAAGAGGUGUGCAAAAGAAAGUUAAAUAAAAAACACAAAAAAAAAAAAAAAACACAGUGUAACAGAAAGUCAUCCAGAAUGAUUUGGAAAGAGCUCUCUUAAUUGUCAUCUUUCUCAGUCAUCUGUAUUUAAUGCAAAUAGUAUUUUUUUGUAAAUUAAUAUCAAACUUUUGUGGAAAAUAAAGUUACAAAUGUAUAAAG